AUGGGUUACAAAGUGAGUUUGCAGUGGAGAGGUGAGACUUUGUCGUUGGAGUAUGAUAGACUGAAUUGGACGGUGGGCGAUCUGGUGGAUCGAAUACGGGAAAUGACGUCGGUACCUCCAGAACGAAUGCUGUUCAUGGUUCCGGGCUGGACGUUGAAGAAGCCGACCAAUCGGUCGCUUCCAUUGUCUGAGUGUACUACUGAUGUUCCGGAAGCCAAGGGUAUCAUGAUGGGUACUCCUACUGGGCAAGAGUUUAUUUCCGGUGGUCAAAUUGCGGUGGUAGAACAGACUGUGGUGAAGCCGGCUGAAGAUUUGGUAAAGGGCUAUACUAACAUGGGCAAUACUUGCUACUUAAAUUCAGUGCUCGCUAUGUUAGAAAAUUGCGAUGGAUUCCGGAAUUUCAUUAUACAAGACACAGCUCAGCCCUCCAGUCCUCUACAACAGGCUUGGCAACGGCUGUGGGCCAAUAAAGGACGCAACGUCGCGUCGGGUCCUAACGGUCUGUUCCAGCUCCUAACCAGCAUCUACCCUCCUUUCGCUGCUAGAAGCCCCAGCAACCCAUUAAGCAAUCAACAACAAGAUGCGGAUGAAUGCCUCACAGUUUUGUUCAACAACAUCCGAGAUACAACAAACUGGAAGAAUCUAUUUCAAAUUAAUUACCACCGAGAGUAA